AUUCUCAAUUUCAAUGAUCCAUACGUUAUAUAGCACAUUAAGAACGGCUAGUUCAUUGUUUCGCGAUUCCUGUAUAAAUAACCGGAGUAUAAUAUGCAGGAGUAUAUACACAUCCGGAGUUAGAUACGAUGGCUCUCCGGAGGACUUAGGCCCUCCUAUUAAGAAGCCAAGGAAGUAUUUUGACAUGAAGACAUUUCGACAAUUUCUGAAGCAACAAAAGACACACGAAAUUGAAACAGAAAAACGGGCCAUUGCUAAGGCUCAUGCCAAAAGUCCUCCCGAUGGGUGGGAGAUCCUAGACUUCCUUAAAGCUAUAAAUGUUGGAGAUGGAGCAGAGGUCAUAGCGGAAUCAUUUAACUCAUGGAAUGAAUUCAUUAGUUCCACUUUAGAGGAACUCUAUUCAAAUACUUCAAUGACAAACAAACAAAGACGUACCGUUUUCAAAUAUAUCACGUUGUAUAACCAUGGUUUGUGGCCAAAUGAAAACAAGUUAGAUUACGUAAAUACUUUCCAAGCACCUCCGCUAAAACAUGAAGGAGAGCCAUGGAAUGAGGAAUCAGAUGCCAAACUAUUAGAACUUGCCGAAUAUUAUGAUGCAGAUUUUGGGGAUCCGUGGAUAUAUAUAUCUUGGGAGAUGCAAAGAACCAUUGAAGAUGUUCAGGAUAGAUAUAUCGAAAUCUUUACAAAACCCAAGAAUCGAGACAAAGAGUGUGAUAUAUCUAUAACUAGAUCACACAAACCUUUAUUAAUGAAUAGAAAAUUCAAAAUUGAUCCACCAUUUCUGUAUAUUAUCCCAUCUGAAGAAAAUUUUCCGUUAAGCGCUAUAUAUGUCAACGAUGAAAACACAGUGCCAAAGGCGGAACACAUAUUUUCUGAUAAAUUUAAAAGGUAUAGGAAUGAUUCCUGUUUUAAAAUUGAAUAA